GACAAGAGACGACCUUGCGGUGUCUUCAAGUGUCGUGCAUGCAUUUUGUUGCAGCCAUUUUUGCUAUCUUUCUCCGCUGCAUGCAACUUUCUCUCUCUAAAAAUCUCUACAAUACUUCCUUUCUCUCUAUAUAUAUAUAUGUAAAUCUGCACCUGUAUAAUUGUAUCUAUAAAUCUCUGUUCUAUUUAUCUUCAUCGAAACUAUAACCCGCCACCGACCACCGCCACCGACCACCGCCGUUAUUUUUUUUCACAGUGUUACUUUGACCCACUUUUUUUUUGCUUAAGAUUCAGUUCAAGAUUCUAUAAUUAUAUGCUCAUUUGCAUGUUUAGUGGUGGAGUUAUUUUUUUUAUUUUAUAGUUUUUUGGGGUUUAUUUGAUCUGGGUCAGUGAUUUGUUAACGGUUUUUAUUUAGGGUUUUGGUUGAUUUAAGAGUUGAUUAAUAAGAUUUGUUGUUAAAGUUUUGAUUUUUUGGGUGGAAUUAAAAUGGGGUCAAUGAUUUGCAUGAAUGAGCUUUGUCGUGCAACGACGUCGUCUGAAUGGAAGAAAGGUUGGAGCUUGAAAUCUGGUGGAUUUGCAAAGCUUUGUUAUAAUUGCGGAUCUGCUUUUGAGAAUUUAGUUUUCUGUGAAACAUUCCACUCUGAGGAAUCUGGUUGGAGGGAAUGUAAAACGUGUAGAAAGCUUAUCCACUGUGGGUGUAUUGCCUCAAAAUAUUUGUACGAGUACAUGGAUUAUGGAGGUGUUGCAUGUAUAAACUGUGCAAGCCAAUUGGAUGGUCAUUCCAUCAGACCAAUACAGAUACCUGGUGAUGAUCUUCCUAAUGGAACCUUGGGAACUAAGGCUACGCAGCCACUAGGUGUUGAGAAUAAAAUGGAUGAGAAUAAUUUUGACAAAAGAAGGGUUAUGCGGUUGAGCAAGCCAGUGGAGACCAGUGAGUCUGGUCAACUCUUUCAAACUCAAAAGAAUGACAUUAAACAAGAAACAAUGGUUCCCAUUGGUAAUGUCAGCACAUGCUUUUCAAAUCUAAACCAGCAGCCCGUUGGAGCAGCUUCUCUAUUUGGCAAGCCUGAUAAUGACAGACAAAGCCAAGGGGUUAAAGAUAUGUACGAAUCGAUCAAUCAGCCGUCUCUAAAUUUCUCAUUGAGUACUCUUGUUGGUGCUUCAAGUUCAGCACAGCCUUUUCCUGGUGGAGAUGUUGAAGGAAGGGAACAAAGCAAAAGUUCUCCCUUUCAACUGGGCCAAAGGACACGCCAUAUAUUGCCCAAGCCCCCCAAACCUAGCCCCAAUUCAGGUUCUGAAUCAAACAAAGCAAUGACUUCACAGACACGGGUUGCAAGGCCGCCCGCUGAAGGCCGAGGUGGCCGCAACCAAUUACUGCCUCGAUACUGGCCUAGGAUUACAGACCAGGAGUUGCAACAAAUAUCUGGAGAUUUAAAAUCCACUAUUGUACCACUGUUUGAGAAGGUCCUAAGUGCCAGUGACGCUGGUCGAAUAGGCCGUCUGGUUCUGCCCAAAGCAUGUGCUGAGGCGUACUUUCCUCCAAUUAACCAAUCUGAGGGUCUACCUAUAAGGAUUCAGGAUAUAAAGGGUAAAGAGUGGACAUUUCAAUUCAGAUUUUGGCCCAAUAACAACAGCCGGAUGUAUGUUUUGGAGGGUGUUACCCCUUGUAUACAGAAUAUGCAAUUGCAAGCUGGUGAUACCGGUAACUCUUCAUUCUUUCUUCUUAUGAAAAAAAAUCUUCAUAUGACCAACCCUGUUUGUAGUAAUUGUAAAACAUUCUCUUGCAUGUUUCCAUCUGUUAUUUCUUUUAAAUUCAAUGGAAAUGGUAACUU